AAGAAUAACGUCACCCAACAUCGCUUGGAGCACCUUUAACUAGUCUUUUUUAUAAUUAAAAUCAAUCAAAUUUGUGUUUCUGCCUCUUUCUGACAGUUUCCUUAUGCAUCAUCAUCAACCUACACAAAAAAGAUAUUUUAAAUGUUUAUCAGAAAGUAUGUCUGAUGCCAUGUCACCGGGUAAAUGCCAACAACUCAUUUUAUUUCACUUAAAUCCACCUGCUAUCUACAUUAUUACUACAGGUUCAAUUUAAUACAGAUAGUGUACAGAAUGUUACUAUAUGUAUAUACAGAGUGAUGGGAAAUGCAUAAAAUUUAUUUUCAACUUGAUGUUAAGUUUGUGGUGUACCCAGUUAUCAGGGUGCACCAUCUUCAGUAAUCCUCUUUCUGCCAGUUUCAUUAUGCAUCAUCAUCAACCUACACAAGCUUAUCAAAAAGUUCCAUCUGAGUGAUCUGUGCCCUUUUGACACAGAAUACGCCCGGCAAGCAUGACAACAUUGAGAUCCCGAGCCUUCUUCCUCCUCCUCCUCCUCCUCAUCUCCCUCCCAUCCCUUCUUUAUUACAGCUUCUUGGACCAGAAGCUCUAUCUGCAGAAAUAUCAUCCAGCUGUUUCUAAAAGAAACAUCAGCAUCCUGCUGUGGCACUGGCCAUUUGGCCGCUCUUACAGGCUUGAUGGAGACAAAUGCCUCGAGAUGUACAACAUCAGUCACUGUUUCCUCACUGACAACACAUCCACCUUCCCGUCUGCUGAUGUGGUUGUCUUCCACCACCAGGAGCUGAGAAGAGGUCUGUCCCUGCUGCCCCUGCACCUAGAUCGCCCGGCCUCCCAGCAUUGGGUGUGGCUGUCAAUGGAGCCUCCUGUCAACAAUGCAAACCUCACACAGCUCACCGGCCUCUUUAACUGGACGAUGAGCUACAGACGUGAUGCAGACAUAUUCAUCCCAUAUGGAAAAACCAUGGUAGGAGGUGAUGAGCUAGGCUUCCAGGCUGCUUCAAAUCACUCCUGCCUUGUCAGCUGGGUGGUCAGCAGAUACAAACCUCACCAGGCUAGGGCUUGUGUUUACCAAGAUCUAAAGAAGUAUAUCCCCAUAGAGGUAUACGGAAAGUGGAACAAGAAACCCCUAUCAAAAAAGAAGCUGUUGCCCACAAUUGCAAAGUGUGUUUUCUACCUGUCUUUUGAGAACUCUGAGGCAAAGGAUUACAUCAGUGAGAAGCUCUGGAGGAACGCUUUCCAAGCAGGGGUCAUACCAGUAGUUCUCGGCCCCAGCAGGGUGACCUAUGAAGCCCUGGCUCCCCCUGGUUCCUUUAUCCAUGUAGCUGAUUUCAAGACCACAGCAGAUCUGGCUGCCUAUCUGAAGCACGUUGCUGCAGACAGACAGGCCUAUGAGGAGUACUUCCAGUGGCACCACACUCACAGAAUAAAAACCUACACUGACUGGAGAGAAAGGCUGUGUCAAAUCUGUGUUAAAUACCCCAGUUUACCAGCCAAUAAAGUCUAUCAGGACAUGGAGAGCUGGGUUAACAGCUAAUAGCGUAUCUCUUUAUGCUUUCAGGUUAUUGUGAUGUUUUUUUGAUUGGGACUGCUGAUGCUACUGGGUUACCACAUGCAAAUGUUCAAAUACUAUACAGUGACAAUUUGAUGUGGGAUUAGACAUGUCUCAGUCAGCCGUGCAGUUUUGGAACUGCACACCACAGAAACAAAUCUCAAGUGGUUGGUUGUGUUGGCUGUGCACUUCACAAUAAAGGGGAAGUGGUAACCUC